AUGUUUUUCUUUUCAUCAUCAUCAUCAUCAUCAUCAUCAUCAUCAUCAUCAUCAUCAUCAUCAUCAUCAUCAUCAUCAUCAUCAUCAUCAUCAUCAUCAUCAUCAUCAUCAUCAUCAUCAUCAUCAUCAUCAUCAUCAUCAUCAUCAUCAUCAUCAUCAUCAUCAUCAUCAACAACAACAACAACAACAACAACAACAACAACAACUGUUGGCGAUUAUAAAGAUAAAAAAUAA